AUGGCGUGGCGGCGACAUGGCUGGGGGAUGGUGGCGGCGGUGAUUGCGGGAUGCUUGCUGAUGACGCGCUAUCUCGAUGCACACAGCGACAGGGAUGAGCUGUACGAGGUUGGCCCAGGAACCACGUUGCAGAUACAGACAGCGCAGGGACCCAUGACCUUGACAGUGGAUUCCCAGAUGAACCCCGAGGGAUACGUGCAUGCUUAUGGGCAACAGAACGGGAGGGUUUACGCUGGGUACGUGAAGCUCACCGCUGCAAACCCCGCUGCCUCCCAAGCGUUAGAAUCCGCUCCCACAUCAGCUCAGCAGGAGCUCUCAAACUAUCCCUUGCAGAACCCCAUGUCGCAGCAAGUAGCUUACAACCAGGCUGUUCAGCAAUGGAACAUGCCACAGCCCAGCUAUCAAGCACCCGUCCAACAACAGUCUGCUCCUCAUUUCCAGUUGCACAUAUCAGGAGAUGGGGCUGUCACACUUAACGGGCAACCUGUGAGUGCCGCUGACUCUAAGACAGCUGCCAUCCUGCGCCUGCUUGCGAAACGUGCGUCCACGUCCAAUAGAAUACAUCCGAGUAAUUUGGAGAGCGAGAUUUCACAAGCGCGGUCAGUCCUCACGAGACUGGAGUCUCUGAAGCAAGCGCAAGGGAGGAGGGAGAUGCUGACAGAAGGCGGUGUUGCCCAACGGAGACACAGAAGCCACGAUGACGAGGUGUCGAGAAGGGCGAUCCUCGCAGCGAUGCGAUCUUUGUCCAGGAAAGUCGAUGACAUUGCACAGAAGCAGAAAACCAUGGAGAGCACGGUCUCCAAGGUGAAGAAGAUAAUGCGUUACAAUCCGAUCGGUGUAUAGAAGUCCAAGGGCGAGAGUUGUGGGAAUUUGAAUUUUUAUUGAUCAUUGGGCACACUUCAGACACAUUCCGAAAUCUUCAAGACUGUUCAGGGUCAUGUAGGAUAAAGCAGCAUCCCCCAGGUGCAAGUAAGGUUCUACAGCAUAUCAUUCUAUCCGUCCAUUCAAGGC